AUGCAGAUUAUAACCUUCCUCAAUAAAGGAUAUUUCGGUUGUGAUAUUUCAACUCACCUUCGAUCCUUUUUAUUUUAUUAUGCAUAUAAUUUACCAGAAAUCCUAUCUUCAAGAUCUGUUACUUUUUAUGCGGCGGAAACAUACGUUGAUAUUCUUUAUAAAUUGCUGCAUCAAAUAACCCAUGCUUAUCGGAAGACACACAUUACAACCUACUUUUAUUUUAUUCAAGGAAGCCUACUCUGUAAACAUGCUUUACGAUGUCGUUCAAUUAUACUUGUUUGCAAAUGUACUCCCAUCACUUGUAACAUUGGCACAUCGGUGGAGAUUCCUGGAAGUAGUUUAUUUUCUAAUUGCUCUUAUGUGAUAAGAGGAUCAGUUUCAAAUGCAGUGUUUCAGAACAUAAAGAAAAACCAUAAUUUGGUUCUGAGAUCAAAUCACCCCGAUCUCACGUAUGCGGUUUUCGUUUCUCGUUUUUAUCAAAUCCAUCAUUUUAUUAAACAACUGCCUUUAUAUUCGGCUGAUUUUAUAAUACAAAUGUGGACAAUACCACGACAUUUACAACACUUUGUCAAAUAUUUUCAAUUUCCAUUUUACGAAAGAAUGAAAAUGAUGGCAAUUUACAGACACAUUCACAUUUAUUGGCCGUGUUUCGUCCCUAAACCUCCGACUAGCUGUUAUUUUGAAUACAAUUUUUAA